AUGGCGUCUGCCACAGGCAUGAUGACUCGGCGCGGAACAAAACGCACCAUCUCUGGCGACACCAUCGAAGUCAAGCAGAAGAACACCACCAUCACCAUCUCCGAUAACAGCGAGAAUGAGUCGAAUGGUGCCCGAGCCAAGCGGCCCGCCACUCGCAAGUCAAGCACCACCGCUCGCAUCAAUCGAUCGUGGGGUAGAGAGGGCAAAGCACCAGUUCAAUCACCAGUCGAGUCGCCAGCACCCUCUGUUCAACAGCCAGCUGAGCCAGCCGGCCAGGUCCCUGGUGACGAUGACUGGGUGGAAGAGUAUGACUUCACCAACGAAGUCGAGAUCGAGGAUGAGGAAGAGGACGAAGACAUGUUCGACGACGACGAUCUGGAUUCCAAGUCGGUCAUCACCCUUUCUUCCGAAGCGUCAGAGGACUCUGAAUAUGCCCUGACGGAGCGCCCGUGGAAACAGUUCAACCAAGAGCAACGUCGUUCUUGGGAGACCAUGUUCUCGAACGUCAUGAUGCAGGCCAUGCAAGGAAGCUGGGAAAUCACCGAAGACUACCAGCGAGAGAAGGACAACGAAAUGGUCCGCUACAUGGAAGACUUCCCUCUGACGCAGUGGGUCAUUCCAAAAGAGCAGGCCAGUCAAGCCUACUUCCGCAUGCUUGAGCGAACCCGUUGGCGCUCACUCGGGAUCCGUAUCUACGGUCGAGAGCGUCUUCCUGAAUGGCCUGCCGGAAAUGCUCCUCCUCUUGGCAAUGCGCAGGCUGCUGCUGCUCAUGCCAACCAGCAACCUCUCCAGCCCCCACGCGACAUGUACCCGCAACAGAAGCCUCGCACAGCAUCGGGUCCACCGGGUGGUCAAUACCCAGGCUCGGCAAUGCAGCCGAACAUGCAGAUGCAGCAUCGUGUCGGCUCGUUGCCUCCUCCCCCGAACCGCUUGCCAUCGCAGCCACAUGCCCAGCCCAUCCCAGUCCCGCCAGGUGUCAUACACAAUGGUCCGCAAGGUCCACAGGGUCCUCAGCGCCCUCAAGUUCCUCAACCUCCGCAAGGUCCACAAGCUCCUCAAGGCCCUCGUGGUGCUCCAGGCCCUCAUGGUGUGCACGCUCUCCAAGGUCCUCUUCAUGGCCCUCAAGGUCCACAAGGUCCGUUGCCACCUGGUAUGGGCCGCCCAGUCGGAACUCCUCAGACUAUUGCGUACGGCAUGCAGCACGGCUGGCCACCUGGUCACAUGGUCCACCCCACCAACUUCCCAACACCACUUGAGCAACCCAAGCCACGCAAGGGCAAGGAGCGUAGGGAAAUCACCCCGCAGCCCAGUACCCCACCACCACCGCCUCCGACUCCUCCGUAUGCGUUGCGUAAGAAGCCCACUGAGAAGAAGAGCACCGGUAGCAGCAGCAGCAGCAAGGCUGGUCGCAAGAGCGCUCGUCGACAGGCUGAGGCUGAAGAAUUUCCGUGGACGCGAGAGAUCAACUUUCCUGAAGAGAAAGCAAAGGCGAAGUGGGAUGAUGGCGUCUACGAUGCGGAGACUCUGCAAGCAAUGGAGGCUACCCGUCAACGCAACGUGCCCAUCAUUGAUGAGCUGGAUGCCAAGGUCCAGGAGCAGCAGCGCCAGGCACGUGCCGCCAAGAAGCAAAAGAGAAGCGUUGCAGAGUCCGAUGACGGUGAAGGCAAGAAAGAGAAGAAGAAGCGUGAGGGCCGCAAGGGCGAGUCUGGUGGCGAUCCAUACCACUCUGGCGCGUUUGCAUUUGCGUCUUCAGAAGCCGAGGAGUUUGCUGCUGGGCUUGGCUUCAAGACCCCUGAAGAUGCUCUCGAGGCUGGUGAAUCUGGCAAGCUGGAGGCUGAGAAGCAGGCGAAGAUCAAAAUCUGCUGGAAUCCAGGCAAGAAGGGCACCACCGAGAACCUCGAACAGGUGAAGUUCUCUGUCAGAGACACUCUUGCCACCCGCAAGCAGCUGGAUGCUACUCCGAUCCUCACCAAGCGUGCUGCCGAAUGCAUCAUCGACUUCUGCCCAGACAUGCUGUGGCGUGGUAUGCUCCUGCGCAUCACCAGCGAAGCAGGCUACGGCAACAAGGACGUACGCGAUCGAUUCUGCUACAACGGUUGCUACUGCGACAAGGCAACCAUCACCAAACGCAUCUCUGCCGCCCUUGGUCAGAAGCAGAUCCAGCCAAAGUCUAGGGGUUACCUUGCUGGUGAGCUGGAGUGGUAUGAUGAGAACGUCAAGGAUUUCACCCACUACAUCGACUACUUCGGCAAGCGCAGCAGUCAUCGCAAUAUGCUCAAGAUCACGAUGCAGAACGAGAGACGCAAGCAGAAGCAGCGUGAGAAUACGAACGACCUCAAGAGUGACGGCGAUGCUGGCGGAUCUGGUCUCGAGGGAGGUUCAAGCAAGUCUCGCAAGGACAAGGACGGUGAUGAGAUGAUGGAAGAUGAUGUCGAUGGUGAUGGCGAUGAGGAUGGUCAUGAGAGCGAUGCGACGGACGAUAGCAACGCCGUCUCCAUUCAGGACUCUGACAUCCUCGAUAAGAUGGAGGAUUGA